AUUGCUGUUGUCGAGCCUGGUUCUACGGUCACCAUCGAAAGGCCUCCCAUUUCAGACUCAGUCUUUAAGGACUUUCACGAAGCAUUUCAGCGAGCGGAUAUACCGGCUAGCACACCUGAUUCCCGCCCCAGCUCAGCAGGGUAUCCAAUGCUGCCUACUCCGCUGUCUGCUGAUAUGGUGCAUCCAUUUAGUCAAGGCACCCCAGCCCCCAACCCCAUGACAGGCUCCAGCCCUCUUAUGGGACCAGCAGCAGACGAUCUGAACAGAUUCCUGGAGUUUGUACGGGAGCAUUCGCCUACCUACACCAACUUCCAUAUCAAUAUUGCCCGUCAGGGCGACCUCAAGCGCUGCCCCAGGAAGGAUAUUGGAGUGAUCAAGAUGGGAUGGCUGAUCACAAUGCAAGAAUUCUGGCCUAAAUGGAAGACUGCCCAGCGAAAUAUGCAUGCUUGGAAGCGGACGCUUGAACCGCCAGUUUUUGAGGCCGCGGACGAUUGA